AUGGCAGCGAUAACCAUGGCAAUCGUUAUUCUCGACAAGAUCGAUACGGGUGACUGGAGAAGUGCCGUUCAGCGGGCAGCAAACGCGUCAUUUCAAUGGCUCGAUGAUUUACAAGAUUCAGUCGUCGGCGACAUGCGCAUCAGACGUCUCGGCGGCAUGAUUGACCUUACCAAGAGCAAAUCCCACCAAGAGCAUCAUCUUCCUCGUCAUAUUCAUUGGCUUUUGCCAUUCAUUCUCGGCCGCUUGCCGGUGCCUCUGUAUUUCUAUUAUGGAUAUCAAUUUCCCGUCACAGAGCCUAUCCCUCCAGCACUGAUCGAGAAAGGGCUCGUGCCAGACUUGCUAGAGGUUGAGCACUUGCAAAUGCAGUCUGAAGAAGUAGUCUUUAGUCUAUGGGAUAUCAAUACACCCGUCUGGGCUAGCUUGCGGAAUGCCCCCGAAGGCUUCGAACCAACUCCCCCUCCCCGUCCGCCGCCAAAAGCUCCUCGCCCCAAUCUUUUCCAGCGCCCUCCGAAGCCUUCUCGUGUUCGCUCAACUUCAGCGGAAAGACAAGCUCCGCCUGAUCAUCCAUCGUCGUGGAUGGACUGGGAAGAUAGAGAAGCAUAUGGUUCACCCUUCCGUUGCGACGUCUGUUCACAAAAUAAAGCGAGAGUGCUGGAUAUCGCUGCCUUCGAAGUUCUUGCUAUGUAA